AUGGCUAAGAUUAUAUUUUUAACUUCCAUAUUGUUUCUAAGUUCUCACUUAUCAGAGCAGACAAAAUUGAAAGCUAACAAAAAUUUUGAAAGAAUAAAUGCAUUACAGAAAAAAGCAUAUAAUUAUUCUACAACAACACAAGCAACAUCUUCAUCAGCCAAUAACAUAACUGACGAAACAACCACAUUCGCGACUAACAAAUUGGAGGACGAUAAAAAAGUUAUCAAUGAAACACUGGAAAAACAACAUUCAAUUUUGUUGGGCAACAUAAGAUUUAAAACCAGCGAUCCCAAGUACGUAUCAGAUGACAAAAUUUUGAAGGUAUUUGACGCAAGAAUUUACUGGCCCCAGUGCAAAACGAUUGGCGAAGUGCACAAUAAAGGAAACUCGCCGAUCGAUUUAGCGUUUGCCGCAACCGGGACAUUAGCAGACAGAAUGUGCAUAGAGACGAAGGGAGUCAAAAAUCAACUCCUAUCGGCCGAAGAGCUAAUUUCCUGCAGCGGGCAGGAUUAUCACCAUAAACACGUUCAUUCGUUUGAAACUUGGGAAUACCUCAAAUCACACGGCGUGGUGUCCGGCGGCAAGUACAACUCUGACGACGGAUGUCAACCUUUUCAAGUUCCGCCAAUUUGUGAGCUCCCGACAUAUCAUAACAGACAUGCGUGCAUCAGGCAAUGUUACGGUAACAAAUCGAUCGACUACAUCAGUGAUCACGUGAAAGUUAAAAAUUGGUAUGUAAUCAAAGGACGGAGGACACCUGUUUAUGUGCAAAAGGAAGUGCAGGCUUACGGUCCAGUAGUAGCUUAUUUCGACUUGUACGAUGACUUCUUUUUGUACAAAAGUGGUGUUUACGAAAGAUCAAAAGCAGCGAAAUUCGUAAAAUUCCAACAUGCCAAGCUAAUUGGAUGGGGAGUCGAGAAUGGCGUGGAAUAUUGGUUGUUGGUCCACUCUGUAGGCAGUGAAUGGGGACAGAAUGGACUUUUCAAAAUCAAAAAGGGCACAAAUGAAUGCUGUAUCGAAAAUUGGAUUACAGGAAUUGUUCCUGAAAUUAAAUAA